AUGUCAGAGGAUGGCAGCCUGCAAGAUUCUGAAAGACCAGGUCUGCAAAUUACAGUACCGAAGAGAAUACAGGCAACGGUAGAUGAAGGAGUUGAAUCACAUUUGUCCUACAGAAUUGCAAUUGAUGGAAAAGAAUAUACUGUGAAUCUAAUGCAAAAAACAUUUGUGCCCUACAAUUUUAGAGUUUAUAGUUAUAAUGGCACACAAAGUAUGAAACCUCUUGAACAAAAUUUUCAGAAUUAUUGUUACUACCAAGGAUAUAUUGAAGGUCACCCAAAAUCUAUGGCCAUCCUUAGUACAUGUGCUGGACUCAGAGGCUUAUUACAAUUUCAAAAUGUAAGUUAUGGAAUUGAACCCUUGGAGCCUUCUAUUGGUUUUGAACAUGUAAUUUACCAAAUCAAACAUAAGGAUGCUGGUCUUUCUUUAUAUUCUGAGGAAGAUAUUGAUUCAGAAAACUUGCCUUAUAAAACAAAAUGGAUAAAGACAGUUAAACAGCCAUCUCAGUAUAUAGAAAUGCAUAUUGUAGUUGAAAAAAAUUUGUAUGAACAUAUGGGUUCUGAUAUUGCUGUUGUUACUGAAAAAGUUUUUCACCUUGUUGGAAUCAUCAAUGCUAUAUUUACUUCAUUUAAUAUCACAAUUUUGCUAUCUUCAGUGGAACUUUGGAUAGAUGAAAAUAAAAUCCCAGUAACUGGUGAUGCUAAUCAGUUAAUGCACAAAUUUUUAAAAUGGAAAAGAUCCUACCUUGUUUUGCGUCCACAUGAUGUGGCAUUUUUACUUGUUUACAGAGAAAAACCAGAUUAUGUUGGUGCAACCUUUGAAGGAAAGAUAUGUGAUAAAAACUAUGGAGGAGGUGUUGCUCUGCAUCCAAAAUCCCUAAGUCUUGAAUCACUUGCAGUUGUUUUAGCUCAAUUACUGAGUCUUAAUAUGGGAAUAUCAUAUGAUGACAUUAAUAAAUGCCACUGCUCAGGGACAGUCUGCAUAAUGAACCCAGAGGCAAUUCAUUCUAGUGGUGUGAAGACCUUUAGUAACUGCAGCUUGGAAGAUUUUGCACAUUUUAUUUCAAUGCCAGAGUCAAACUGUCUUCAAAAUAAGCCACGUUUAGUUUCAUCAGAUCAGCAAAUUGUUGUGGUUUGUGGCAAUGGCCUAAAGGAAGAGGGUGAAGACUGUGACUGUGGGUCCGAGGAGGAUUGUGAGAUUACAGCAAACACAUGCUGCACGCCAAACUGUAAAUUCAUAGAAGGCGGUCAAUGUGAUGUGGGAGAGUGCUGUGUCAAUUGUCAUUUUUCUUCAGCAAUAUGUAGGCACGCCAAAAGCAACUGUGAUAUACCGGAGAUAUGCAAUGGCUCACAUACUGAGUGCCCAGAAGACACAUAUAUUCAUAAUGGUCGACCAUGUGGAAAUUCUGAUAAGUGGAUCUGUUUUGGUGGAGACUGUGUCGAUGGAGAUGAACAAUGUAGCAGUUUAUUUAAUGAUUUGAAGGCUAAGGAAGCAAGUAGUAAUUCUGAUAUCCAGUGCUAUUUUAGUUGUGAAAAGGAGGAGAGGUCACUUCUGGAGGAGCUUGAGGAGGAAGAGCUUCUUGAGGAGCCUGAGACCACAUCACAUGUUGGGGAUUGA